CAUCGAUUCACCUUUUCAAUUUCUCCGCCCCUUCCGAAUCAAUCAUCAUGGGAAGAAAGAGGAAAUCCGAAAACUCGAAUCCCAAAACCAAAAAGAAAAUCCCGGCGGUUUCUCAGGCUGAGGCUCCUUCGUCGCCUGUGACGCCGCCACCUCCUCCUCCGCCGUGGAUCGAACUGCCCGGAGAUGUGACGGCUAAUAUUCUGAAAAGGCUGGGGUCCAAAGAGAUACUCCGGAGUGCACAGAGAGUGUGUACUACUUGGUGGAAAGUUUGCCACUAUCCUUCCGUGUGGCGCGUGAUCGAUUUGGGCAGACCGGACGUGGCCCACAAGGAUUUUCGCUUGGCUUGCCGACGAGCAGUUGAUCGGAGUCAGGGGCAGUUGGUCGACCUUACCAUCGAAUGCUUCGCCGACGAUGACCUGCUUAACUACAUCGCGGAUCGAUCAUGUAGUCUCAAACGACUGAAACUUGAAUCUUGCACACAGGUGUCGGAAACUGUUUUAGCUGAAGCAUUAAAAAAGUUCCCUGAGUUGGAAGAGUGUCACCUGGUCAUUAUGCCAACAGUUCUUGCCAAAGAUGUCGAAGCUAUUGGCCGUUCGUGCCCAAAGCUGAUAUCAUUCACAUACGAUGACUACGAGUACAGAUAUUGGGAUAGUUACAUGGUUGACGCGGGACCCGAGUGUAAUGACUUUGCCCUAGCAAUUGCAAAAAACAUGCCCAACUUGCAGCAUCUUAGCCUCUUUGCACAUCGUAUGACAAACGAGGGGCUUGAAGCCAUUCUUCACGGUUGUGCCCACCUAAAGUCGCUAGAUAUACGGCAAUGCUACUGUCUCAAUAUGACACAGGAUUUGGAAAAGAAAUGCCAUGAGAAGGUAAAGGAUUUGAGACUCCCUUCUGAUUCUAUCAGUGAUGUGGCUAGACUUAAUGAGGAUGAACCAUCAUAUGAUGACAUUUGCCCGGAUGUGUGUGGAUGUUGUAGCGGUUCUGACUCUGAUGGAGGGUUUUAUUACUAUCCAUCACCUUAAUUUCAUCUACUUUAGGUACAAACUUAUGUCCGCAUUUUUGUUUUAUUGGUCAAAUAUGUUCCCGUUUGGCUCAUACUGAAUUGUAUAAAAGUCAAAAUAAGUAAGGUCAGAGUUAUCUUUUCCAGUUGAAUUGGCU